AUGGCGUCAUUGAGUGGCUCAUCUAUCAAGUCCCUUCAAGAUGCUUUCCGGGACCCAUCGUCGCCAUUUUACAUUGCUCUAGGACAAACAGGGCCUGAACGCCCAGAUGCUCCUCCCUCACUCCCAGAUUCUACUCCAUCUCAGUCCAGCCACUCCACUGCACUUGGCUCGCCGGCAGAGAACGCCAGAGCUAAGCUGAUUUCUAUGGGCUAUGAUGCGGGGUCAUUUUGGGAGCAGAGUAUCGUAUGGGGACACCAUGAUUCAUUCCGACACGUUAAUAAUGUUCACUACCUGCGAUUCAUUGAAUCGGGUCGCACAAUGUGGCUCGUGGCACUCGGCAAGGCUCUUGGUGGUGAAGAACGCGUCAAGGCAAUGCUCGCAGGUCAGGGCGUCUCAUUCAUACUUAAAUCAGCAAACAUCAAUUUUAGGAGACCGGUGACGUUUCCUGACACACUUUUGAUUGGGCACAAGUUGAUCACCUCGGCGAGCACGCAAUUCACUCUGAACGCAGUGCUUUAUUCGUAUUCACAGCAAGCGGUCGUCGCGGACUCGGAUAGCGUGCUUGUUUGGUACGACUAUGAUAGACUGAGGAAAUGUGACCCUGGGGAUGGUCUAUGGCGCAUUCUGAAGGCCGCCUCACGAGAUGGUCAAGUGGAGGGCUGAUCUCCGUAUGUUCUUCUGACUGAGCUCGGAUUGAUGUAUGUAAGGCAGAAAUGAUUACUCUUGAAUAUUGG